CGGUUCUCCUGCUUCCAUGGGACUGAUCUCUCUGCAUUCAUGUUAAUAUGCUAAAGGCCUGGCUGAGCCAUGGCCCAGAAACGAAAGUCCUCCGCCUGCAGUUCCCCUGGCCCUAAGAGGGUACGGACACGAACUGCCCUGCAUGACUCUGAUCCAAUUCAUGAGGAAUACAAUUCAGAUCCCGAUUACGCAUUCUCCGAUGCCGCUAGUGUCAACAGCGAUUCUCUGAAGGAAACACCGACAACACCAUUCUCGACAUGCUCCGUGAAGUAUCCGUCUGAACUGAAGACUCACCUUUGCCCGUUCGAGGGCUGCACCAAAGCAUUCAAUCGGCCGGCACGACUGCAGGAGCAUUUGCGCUCACACAAUAAUGAAAGACUCUUCAAAUGCCCCUACGAAGGUUGCGAAAAGACUUUUCUUCGAACAUCCCAUCUCAACCACCACAUAAAAAGCGCCCACACCGGGGUUCGAGACUACGUAUGUGAUCGUCCAGGAUGCGGGAAAAGUUUCGUGACAGGAUCGCGGCUGCGCCGUCACCUGGCUGCACACGAUGGAAGGGACAAAUACCGCUGCACCGAGUAUCCUCCAUGCAACGAGACGUUUCGAAAGCACUCGACUCUCCAGAAGCACAUUGUAACCGCACACCUGAACCAGAAGCCAUUUCCAUGCUGUCAUACUGAUCCGAAGACGGGUCGGAAAUGCCCAAUGGCGUUUGAUACGGCGGGUCAUCUUCGCGCCCAUCAGGGUAGAAUGCACACUGAGAGACGCUUUACCUGUACGGAGUGCACUCAGCAGAGAGUCGAAACCAUAUUGUCCUCCAUGGAUAAUAUAAACAAUGAUGACAACACCGUUACAUUCCCAACCUACGCCCUUCUCCAAGCUCACAUCAAGUCUGUCCAUCCCCCGCAAUGUCCCAACUGUCCAGUAAUGUGCUCGACUUCCCGUGAGCUGCGCCGUCAUCUUGAAGUAGCGCACGGAGAUAUCGACAUUGAGCGGGGGAGAUUAUUUCCAUGCACCGUCCCAGGUUGUGACCGCAGCUUCACUAAGAAAGGGAAUCUAACAGUUCAUAUUCGAACAGUCCAUGAAGGCGAAAAACGAUUCGUGUGCGGCGAGACAGACUUGUCAACUUCUAAGAAGGUACAAGGCUGGUUCGGUGAAGGCUGCGGAAAACGUUACGGUAGCAAACUCGCCCUGGAAGAACACAUACGUACGGCACAUUUGGGAUUCCAGAACGCAAAGGCUGAACGCAGACAACGUCUUGGUCUCAGCAGCAGCAAGACGCAUACAAACGCCAAGCGACAGCCAUCUGCCCGACCUACAUUGGCAGCUCUUACAGGUGAAGGCUACGCAGAAGAAACCGGUCGAAGAAUCAAAUGCUUCUAUGAAACUUGUCCGCACCGCUUCCACCGUGAUUACGACUUAUGGGUACAUAUGACUGGUAAACACGGCUGCACCGAGGACGAGAUCCAGAAUUUCUUCCUGCAGCGUGCCUUGUUGGCAGACGGUGAACAGGAAAUGGAAAGGGAGGAACACCAUGAAAGCUCUUUUGGAAUCUACGGUCUUGAAUUCGAUGUCGUGGAUGCAGAUGGAGAUAGAGACCUGGGAUAUGGGCCAUACCCGGACUUUCUAAACAAUUAUUUCUCACAGUCCACUACUACUACCACAACGGCUGCUCCUUCUCACACGAGUAUUGCCGGGUCUUCAAACAAUCACGAAUACGGAUUAGGAGAUAAUGGAUACCUUGAUACGUCAGCCCUAGACCUCCAUCAAAGCGGUGAUGGAAGACAAGCUGGCGAUUUUAAUAUGCCCGGCAACGAUGACAUAGCGCUGAUUGACCCUGUACUGGCUUUCGAUACAAUGAUUAGAUAAAGUGGAUUAAUAUUAACUAGAUCUCGACUCUGUAUAAGCAUUUGGUAUGGAUGGAUUUUUUUUUCCUGAGUUUACUUUAUUUGUGGGAGAUAGCCUGUAUCUAGAGAUACCCAAGUAAUAUUUAUUUCAACGAAGUAAUUCAAUUUUGUUUUCCAAACAAUUGCCUGUCAGUGCGAUGAAAUUAACCUAGCUGGAUAUAUGAUGGGGUCAUUCUAGAAUCUGACCCGAUCAUAACAUAACUCUAGAGACCUUUCUUAGACCAUGGCCAACCCAAACCAAGUCGAUAAAUAAAUCAAGACAACUUCCUCUCCCUUAUCCUUUUAUUAAUCAUUCACCUUCACUCAUAGGUACGGGAGGGGGAAGAAGGAAAGAAAGAAAAGAAAAAGAAAAUCCAAUCAAACCCCCGAAAACAUCGCCGAACUCCUCGGACCAUGCAUCAUCUAUUACAUAAAUCAAAAAGAAAAGAAUAUGCCCAGUGUCAUUUUUUCUUUCUUUCAAAAUGUACCCUUUAAAACACCGCUAUCAUAAUCCUUCUGCACCAGAAAAUAAUCUUCCGAGUUCGAACCAAGAACGUUGCUGUGCGUGGCGUGGAGAGCUCCAUGUUCAUUGUCAAUACUGCUGUGUGCGAGGUCGAGGUCAAGCUUUAGCCUGUUCUUUUUAUUCUCUUUCAUCAUUCUGGUAUUAAUCCUGUCUGUUUCGAUGCGGAUAUCACUAUGAACAGCGGUAGUGCUAAUAUCCACAGGGUUAGGAGUCGUUGAGAUGGUCUGUCAAAAGGGGGGGAUUUUGUCGCCAAGUUAGCUUAAUCAAGGGAAGCACGCAAAAAUGCACGGCGAUCAUGACCUGCCACUCCGGCAGCAAAUCCUUCCAUGGACAAAGACGGAAGCCGGAGUUUGCCCUACUGCGUCUCUUCUCGAGAAGGGACACGCUUUGGAAGACAUCAUUCGCCAAACCACGACUCGACUUCCAAAGAUCAAUGAAGUAAUCUGGAUUGCGGUUCGCGAAGGAUCUGUCCUGCCAGGGGAAAGGUGUGGGCGGUCGGGUCGGAAUACCAUCGCUCGUGACUCUGAUCUGGGAAAAGUAGUGUAGGAGCUCGAGUCGGGAUCUAUCUGCGUUUGCGGGUGGCUUGAGCCCGGAGAAGAGUCUGGCGACGUCGCAGAAUAGAUGGACAGCCGGUAAGCCUCUGGCGAGGGCUAACCAGCGGGCCGUGUCGAACAUCAAAUUGAGCAUGACGUUGAGCGAACCAUCUGAUGGGGUGCUGAGGCCUGUGUUCGUUGCUCCUUCUCCCCUUCCUCCACUGUCACGACGUAAGGAUAGAUUGGGAAGAUGAAGUUCCUUCGGUGGUAGCCAUCCCAUCUCCAUUGCUCUGUCUGGCGACAACUUGCAUAUAUGAGCCUUGUAGUAAUGGAAGAAUGAGGUGAAGUCCAGAUCGGUUCUGCAGAAGUCAUCCCAGGAAAGUGUGGCUCUGCAUGCAUCCAUUCUAAGCUGUCUCUUACUGAGGAGGGACAUGCGUUUCCAUCCGACGGGGAGCGAGAAAUAGAUGCUUCCUUUCGUUGUUUUGCACCGAAUGGGUCAGAGAAGGUUCUCCCAAUACCCAACUAGUAAAGAAAUUACUUACUGGUGUCAUUGUCUCCCCCCAAGACAGCUGCAACGUCAUCCUUGAACUCUUCAAUGGCUCUCUUGGAGGCCUCAAGCUGAUCACACAUCUUCUCAGCACUCAGCUGCCUAGUGUUGAUCCAAAAAAUAGGCAUGAGCGGACUGUCUUCUCGCAAGGGUGCCAAUAGCUUCCUGAGCAUUUCAACCUCAGCCCCGAAGAAUGUCUGAUCGGUGAUAUUAGUCUCGCUGGGUCUGCUAGGCGCUGGAAGAUCCAUGUCCAGGUUCGGGUAACGAUCACGAAGCCACUCCGUCAUGGACUUCUGGCUCUUCUGCAGCUCAACCCAGGGCUCGAGAAGAAUAAGCAGGAGAUGGCUGUACGAGCCAGGGAAGAGGCCUAUUUUCAGAUGCGGACGAGACAACUUGACGCGGUCUGCAAAGGAUCCAGGGUCGAAUCCAGCGGAAAAUUCAGCCAUCAUUUCAACGAGCUUCUCCGUGUCCCCGGGGUCUGCCUUUUCCUCUUCAUUUGGCGAUAACGGUAGGUUGCUGUCGUUACUGUUUGUGCUUCUGAAAGAUGUCUCGGCUUGUGGUGGCCCAGGCUUCCUCCCACGAGCUUCCACAUCGCGAUCUGGUGAGAUACGAAAUAUCUCCAUGUUGUCAAAAGGUGUUCUUCUCUGUUCACAUGUAACGUAAGGUGAAUUGGAAUCUUGAUAGAAUGUGUAUUUCUCUCAUUCGACAGCUCAAAACGACCACAGAGGGGACCUUCAGACACGAUCAAAAGUACCCUAAAAACGAACAAGACUGUCUGUCAAAAAGAAUCUAACCUUCCUAAAAAUAGAGAAGGCCCCAUGGAAGAGGAAUUGGCUUAUUCCAGUGGAAGGAUAAGAUGAAUCCUAGGGGAAGGGUAAU